AUGCACCUGCACGGAUCGAUAUAUGUAGCAGAGUACGCAUUGGGUGGGUAUCGACGGUGUAUACGCGCGCACGCAGAAGGUAAGAUGAAGAUUCCGGCGGCGGCGCUGUUGCCCUUUCUGUUGCAGCUCUCCCUCGCGGCCGCGGCGGCGGCUCAGGUCACCGGAGCUGCGCCGGGCUGCCCGACCAUCUGCGCCGGCGUGAACGUGCCGUACCCAUUCGGCAUCAGGGAAGGGUGCUACUUGGAGGGCUUCAACCUCACCUGCGACCGGAGGAGCGGCGGAGAGCGGCUGCUCAUCGGCGGCGCCGGUGGCACGCUCGAGGUCAUGGAGAUCUCGCUGGCGGACUCCACGGUGCGCGUCAGGAACACCGCCGGCGCCGUCCGACUCGUGGGCAGCAGGGUAAGCGGCCCUACCCGAGCCGUCGGCACGUGGGACGGCCUUGGCGCCGGCGCCGCCGGCGGCCCGUUCGUGGUGUCGGCGUCGCGCAACCGGUUCAGGCUCACGGGGUGCAACGUGCUGGCCAAGCUGCUUGGGAAAAUCGACAACGUCAUCGUCGGCUGCUCCGCCUUCUGCGCCGUCACCGACGGGAGGCAGACCACGAUCUCCCCCGAGGAGGUCGCUGAGUGCGCCGGCGUCGGCUGCUGCGAGACGCCCAUCACCAUCGGCCGUCCCUCCUACCGCGUCAAUUUCACGGGGAUGGACCCGGCCCAGGAGAUGGACACGUUGCUGCGUGAAGUUUCGGUGCGCGUCGCCGAGACGGACUGGUUCAACACGCCGGCCGCGCGCGCGAACUCCUCCCGCGGGACGGCGAUGCCCCUGGUGCUGGAGUGGGUGCUGGACUCCCAGCGGCUCCGGCAACCUCAGGAUCCACCGGGGUGGACGGCGACGGGCUGCCCCAAUGACGCGGGGAAAAGCGCGUGCCGGAGCAGCCACAGCUCAUGCACCAACAUCACCAACAACUACCGCACUGGCUACGUGUGCCGGUGCAACGACGGGUACGAGGGCAAUCCAUACCUCCCCGGCGACGGCGGAUGCCAAGACGUCAACGAGUGCGCGCGGCCCGAUAUGUUCGUGUGCUCCGGCGUGUGCACCAACACGCCCGGAGGGUACCACUGCGUGUGUCCGCCCCGCUCCCGAGGCGACCCUCGGAUCAAAGAUGGCUGCCUCAAAUCAUCCCUAAGUCUAGGUUUAAGCAUCGGCAUAGGAAUCGGCAGUGGUGCUGCCCUCCUCUUCCUGGUACUUGGUGCCAUUUUUGUGACCCGGAAGCUGAAGCGUCAGAGGGCAAAACUAUCCAAGCAGAAAUUCUUUAAGCAAAACAGGGGACAUCUACUAGAGCAAUUGGUGUCGCAAAAGGCAGACAUCGCUGAGAGGAUGAUCAUCCCCUUGGUGGAGCUGGAGAAGGCCACCAACAACUUUGACAAAGCUCGCGAGAUCGGCGGAGGAGGGCAUGGGAUGGUGUACAAAGGGAUCAUGUCAGACCUUCACGUCGUGGCGAUCAAGAAGUCCAAGGCCGCGAUCCAGAAGGAGAUUGACGAGUUCAUCAACGAGGUGGCCAUCCUCUCGCAGAUAAAUCAUCGGAACGUGGUGAAGCUCUUCGGCUGCUGCCUCGAGACAGAGGUGCCGUUGCUAGUGUACGAAUUCAUUUCCAACGGGACUCUUUACUAUCAUCUUCAUGUCGAAGAGCAUGAAGCAUCAUUGCCAUGGGUGGAUCGGCUAAGAAUUGCAACUGAGACCGCGAGAGCUCUCGCGUAUCUUCACUCUGCCGUGUCAUUCCCAAUAGUCCACAGGGAUAUCAAGUCUCAGAACAUUCUGUUAGAUGGCACUCUCAUAGCAAAGGUGUCAGAUUUUGGAGCUUCAAGGUGCAUUCCGCUAGAUCAAACAGGGGACGAAACCGCCAUCCAAGGGACAUUUGGGUACCUAGACCCUAUGUAUUGCUACUCAGGACAGCUCACCAAGGAGAGCGAUGUUUAUAGCUUCGGCGUUCUCCUAAUGGAGCUGCUCACUAGGAAAAAACCAUGCUCAUAUCGAUCAUCCGCGGAGAAAAGCCUCGUCGCGUGUUUCACCAGUUUGCUCGCAGAAGAUGACCUCUCAAGUGUGUUAGAUCCUCAGGUCAUGAUGGAAGGUGGCAAGAAGGUUGAAGAAGUAAUUAUGUUGGCAGCGGCAUGCGUCAGGAUGGAAGGAGGUCAACGGCCAACCAUGAGGCAAGUGGAGAUGGCACUCGAGAGUCUUCAAGUACCCCAUGAAAAUGUUGUGAUGGGUGUUAUGGAUGCACCAAGUUAUGCAGUGACUGAAGAUGGAAGCACGGAGGAGGUUAGCAGACAAUAUAGUCGGGAAGAAGAUUAUUUGUUUUCAUCAAGAUGCCCGCGGUAG